CUCCAAACUCCUACCCGUUUUCUACAGUGGCCCACUUCGGCCCAAUAAUAGCUAUCGUGAGCAUGCGUCCGACCGUGCCUCCGGACGUUCAGUCCUUUGCACUAAUCUCGUUUCGGGCCCAUGAAACGGGCCUGCGCAUGCCAUCUUGUAGGGCAUCCAGUUCGCACAUUGGCUAGUGUGAGUCCUGGGGCGUGUACCCUGUCAGAUGGACUUUGGCUCAGAUGGACGCAAGCAAUACCGAGCAGGAUCUUGUCCGGUGGAUCAGCAGCCAGUAGCCUACUGCGCCGCCAUGAGGGCAUUAUACAAACGGCGUUCCCUCCCGGGCUCGACGUGAUCUCACAGGCUUCUUGCAUUGCACUUGGUGUGUUGCGUUCUCUCUUUUUUCAUUCAGUCGUUCUUUUGUCUAGAGCUUCAUCCCGAAAGGGCAGCUCUUCGUCCAUUCGCUCUAUAGUACUCUCUGCGAGGUACUCGAUUCACAGUCUUUUCUUAUACCCAACAUUUCACAUUAAGAUACACAUUUGAAAGCAUUUUACAUCAUGGUUUUCAGCGUUUACAAGGCAGCCACGGCGCUGUUGUUAGCAGGAUCGAUCGGUGCAGAGGCGGCGAGCGUUGCGGCUCGUACUCCUACGGCCAACGACAGGGUGUUGCGUGCGGGAACGAAGAGGUCCGCUCAUAAGCGAUCAACGAAGAUCGAGCCGACAUUCGCACUCGACCUCCCUUACAUCGAAGGUACAUACUCCAUCCGACUUUGGCAAUACCAACUAACAUACAACAGAGCCCACAAGAUACAACGGCCACUCC